AUUAAGAAAAACAACGAACAUAAUUUUCGAUGCACACGAAAAAGAAAAGGAAAAAGAAAAAGAAAACCCUGAGUCAAUCGCCUUCUUCUCUAGUCCACUCUCUUGACCGUCACUCUCUCUCUCCACACUGCCUGGAUAGUCGCCGAUAUACAAAGUUGGGAGAUUGCUUUUCAGCUUAUGGAUCAGUACGAGAAAGUUGAGAAGAUCGGUGAAGGAACCUACGGUGUGGUUUAUAAGGCACGAGACAAGGUGACUAAUGAGACUAUUGCUUUGAAGAAGAUCCGGCUCGAGCAGGAGGAUGAAGGUGUACCUAGCACAGCCAUUAGAGAGAUCUCCCUCUUGAAAGAAAUGCAGCACAGCAACAUUGUCAAGUUGCAGGAUGUUGUGCACAGCGAGAAGCGUUUGUAUCUGGUUUUUGAGUAUCUUGACCUGGAUCUCAAGAAGCACAUGGACUCCUCUCCUGAUUUCUCCAAGGAUCUGCAUAUGAUCAAAACCUAUCUUUACCAGAUUCUCCGUGGAAUCGCGUAUUGCCACUCUCACAGGGUUCUCCACCGUGAUCUGAAGCCGCAGAAUUUGUUGAUUGAUCGCGCCACAAACUCACUAAAGCUUGCAGAUUUUGGACUGGCCAGAGCUUUCGGUAUCCCCGUCAGGACAUUUACUCAUGAGGUGGUUACUCUCUGGUACCGAGCACCUGAGAUACUCCUAGGUUCUCAUCAUUACUCUACACCCGUUGAUAUUUGGUCUGUGGGAUGCAUAUUUGCCGAGAUGAUCACCCAAAAGCCCCUGUUUCCUGGAGACUCCGAGAUUGAUCAACUCUUCAAGAUUUUCAGAAUCAUGGGAACUCCAAACGAAGAUACAUGGCCCGGUGUAACUUCGCUGCCCGAUUACAAAUCUGCUUUGCCUAAAUGGAAACCAACGGACUUAGAAUCUUUUGUCCCGAAUCUGGAUCCCGAGGGAAUAGAUCUCCUAUCUAAAAUGCUGUUAAUGGAUCCCACCAAAAGAAUCAACGCAAGAGCUGCCCUGGAGCAUGAUUACUUCAAGGAUCUUAGCGUCAUGCCUUAGACAAUGCUUCAGAACAAGGAAUCUCCUUCAUUCACUAUAUAUAUAAUUAUCUCUCAAUCCUUGUUAAUCCGAAGAAAAUGAAUCAAAAUACAUCAAGUGGCUUUUAUUUUGUGCAAUCAUUUUUUGGGAGUAGUUUUUUUCUUCUUCUAAGCGUUUGAGAUGAUUUUUUGUGUUAUCUUUUUUUACCCAAGUUCAGUAUGCCUUAUAUAUGUUUUUAUUUUGCAAAAUCUCAUACUAUUGUAGUGAUUAUCAUCUGAUGAUCAUUAUGUAAUGUAUCUUAUUGUAUGUUUUCAUCAA